AUGCUUGAAACUGAACUACUACUUCCGAGCCCAAAAGACUCCUCUUAUAAACAUGAUAAUCAUAAUAAAAUUAGCAAAAUUACCAAGAGAUAUGCAGAUGGCUGUGACGAAAAACUUCAUGAAAGUUUUCAACCAGUACCGAUACCUAAUCAUGGCGAUUGGUUGAAAUAUCAUGAAGAAAAAGGACAAACUUUGAAAGCAUUUGAACGAACUACAUCAAAAGCUGUUACACAUUCAACAGUUGCACCACAUAAUGUUAUUAUUCAAUUUGCACGUGUGUUUUUUGCAGGAUGUGAACUUGAAUUAUUGCCAACAAUUAAUUUUUCAAAAGAUAUGAAAUAUAGAGAAAAUCAUGGAAUAAGACAAUAUCGAACAGAUGGAUUUUAUAAUUAUCUAUCUCAAACACGUUAUGUUCGUGAUACAAGUCGAGAACUUUUAUGUGUUGCUGUAACUGUAGCUGAUAUUUAUCCUGAUGAAAGUUGGAAUUUUGUUUGCGGAAACCACGAGUAA